UCAAGCGAGGAGAAAAAUAAUCCGCCAAGAAAGAUUGUUAACCGAGCACGCCAUCGUCUCAAGACAAGACCCUGUUCUCGUAGCAGACUGGCGGGGGAACGGGGAAGCAUCUCUCUUCCGGCUUUCUCUCUCUGGUUCGGCAACCUGCCGUCCGUUAUUGCUUAGGCCGCCAAGAAGCGUCGUUGCUGGGAAAUCAGACGGAAUUAGUAGCAGAACGCGCUCGAGGCGGCUGUGGAUGUGAACGCACCGCUGGCUUCGUUCGCCUUUUUCUUCCUCGACAGCCUCGCCUCUGCCGGAAACAUGUCGUCGUCGAAGAAAGUGUUCACGAGGGAGGAGUGGGAGAAGAAGCUCAACGACGUCAAGAUCCGGAAGGAGGACAUGAACAAGCUGGUGAUGAAUUUCCUUGUCACCGAGGGCUACGUCGAGGCAGCUGAGAAGUUCCGGAUGGAGUCCGGCACCGAGCCAGAUAUCGACCUGGCAACGAUAACGGAUCGGAUGGCGGUAAAGAAAGCUGUGCAGUGCGGUAAUGUUGAGGAUGCAAUUGAGAAAGUGAACGACUUGAAUCCGGAGAUCUUGGACACAAAUCCACAACUUUUUUUCCAUCUCCAGCAGCAGAGACUGAUAGAGCUAAUCCGCAAUGGAAAAGUAGAAGAAGCUCUAGAGUUUGCUCAGGAAGAACUUGCUCCAAGGGGUGAAGAAAAUCAAAGUUUUUUGGAGGAACUGGAGAGAACAGUUGCACUACUUGCUUUUGAAGAUGUGUCUAACUGUCCUGUGGGAGAACUUCUGGAUAUUUCACAACGGCUGAAAACUGCUAGUGAAGUCAAUGCAGCAAUUCUUACAAGCCAGAGUCAUGAAAAAGAUCCUAAGCUUCCAAGUCUACUGAAGAUGUUGCUUUGGGCCCAGAACCAGCUAGAUGAGAAAGCUUCCUAUCCCCGGAUAAACAACUUGUCUACUGCUGCUUUGGAGGACCCUACAGUUUGAAAGGAUGAAGGAUCCGACUAGAGGUGAUUGCUGUCUUAACGAGUGUUAUGUAGGCCACGGGUUUCUUGCUGCCAAGAGAAAAGGUUCAUACAAGGAGUUGCCUUGCCCUUGUGUAUCAUCUUGUGGUUUGCGAUCUUAUAUCGAAAUGGGCACUGUUUUCUCUUCUUGUAUUGGGGAGUGUAAAAGUGAUUAUCAUCCCAACCACAGAACUUUCGAGUUUGAAUUGGAUUCUAUUCUGCAUAAAUGCAUAUCUAUAGUUACUUUCA